AUGUCAAUUUUCAGGAAGAAACACAACCAACCAACUGGUGAAGAACAAACCACAGUUCAGCCACAUGAAGAUAACCAAAAUACAGAAGAAUCCCAAAAUCCAGUGGAAAAUCAAAUUACGUCGUACAAGACCGUUGAUCAUAUCAAUGGAUAUCCUUUAGUCCAGCAAACUAAAGAAAUAUUGGAUGGUAUCUCUGUUGCCAGAGUUGUAAAGGCUAAUACAUUACCAACUGCUACAGCAAUUUUGACCUCCAAACCUGUCAAGUUUGUGGAACCUGUAACUAAGAUUGUGGAUACUGUCGCUGACACUGGAUUAACUGUAACAGAAAAGGUAAUUCCUAGUUUGAAAACCAAGACUUAUCAGAGACUCGGAGAAGAGGCUAUGAUCCCAUAUAAUCUAACAAGUAAGGCUGUGAAUAAAACUGUUGACACAACUGUGUCUUUUGCUGAGAAUUACAUUUAUGAACCGACCCAUAACCAAAUUUUAAAGUUUAGACAAUACUACAAUGAAAAAGUCUAUGACACUCACGGAAAGCCAUUAAUUAGAGGUUCGUUGGAUCCACUUGUUUCUCCUUGUAACAAAUGGUACGAAUCUUUAAUCAAUUCUUCUUUCCCUGAGGGUAAAGAAGUUCCUACAAAUGGAUUCUCUAAUGAAUUGGAUAGGUCAUUUGCCUUAACUUUCAAUGCUAUUCAAAGAGCUGCUUCUGUUUUCAAUAAAAGAUCUAAGGAGACUAUUUUGGCUCCAUGCAAUUACGUUAAACAUGUUAACGAUGUCUUGAACGUAAAUUUGGACAACCAGGAGGAUUUAUCUUUGCCAAAAAGUUGGGUAGCCACCAAGGAUUCUUUCCAAGAAUUGAAUCAGGAAACCAUUGAUUACAUAAAAUCUUUUUCCCCUUUAGCUUCUAUUCCAGGUUUCAAAAAAAAAGGAACUACUUCCAAUGAUGAAGUUACGGCUGCAGCUGCCAUUACUGAAGAACCUACAGAGAGUGAACAACAGGAGAAUGGUAUUGUAGCAGAACAAGCAAACGACCAACAAGUUCCUUCUUUAGAGAUUCAACAUGCUGAACCGAUAGAAGCAAAUUGA